AUGGAGUCGUUCCCUGGCCUGAGGCUGUCUUGUUGGUCCGGGGCCUGCUUGGUCGUCAGACCCCCAGUGCGUAAGGACAUUCGUGAGAGGACGCGAGAAGAGACCACUGCCUCUCACAUCAACGCACCUUCCAGGGGACAUGUCCUCGGAUACAUUACUCCUUGGAAUUCCCAUGGCCUAUGAAUAGUGAGUCUUGGCUCGAAGCUGAGCUCAGUGUCUCCAGUGUGGCUUCAGGUUCGCAGGCGAGGAAAGAACAGCUAUGACGUCACGCGACUUCAAGACCAUGAUCCGGGCUGGGUCAAAGCUGUGAUUAAGACCAACAGAAAAAUCAGAAUAGUGCCUCGGCUGCUGCUUGACGGUUGGUCCUAUAAGGACUACAUGAAUGUUCUGGAGAAUGAAGAUGAGAUCGAGGAGCUGGCCAGUGAGCUAGUGGACGUUGCAACGACAGAGCACUUUCAUGGUUUUACAUUGGAGCUGUGGAGCCAGCUGGGAGGAACAGAAGAAGCCCUGGUCCACCUGAUCAAACACGUCUGUGAGACUCUGAAGGCUAAAAGGUUGGACUGUCUCCUGGUCAUCCCACCUUAUAACAGCUAUGGCAAGCCAGGCAUGUUUGGUAGAGAGGAGUUUGAGCAGUUGGCCUCCGUUGUGGAUGGCAUCAGCUUGAUGACCUACGACUACUCUCAGCGCAGGAUGAGUAGCGCCCCGCUGCCCUGGAUGAAGGGGUGUGUUCUGCCGAGCUGGGCCCCCAGCCGCCAAUGGAGACACAAGAUUCUGAUUGGGUCUCUUGAAUCAUGUACGCGUAUGGACUUCUCAAGCCAGGAGCCAGAUCCAGUCCUGGCAGAGGCAAGAACAACGGCGGUCAAGUGUAAAAUGUACUACCCGACCCUGUAA